AUGGAGUGGUCGAACGAAGUGGUGUUAGAAUUUUUAUCCCUAUAUGAAGAAGAAUCUAGUAUUUGGAACCCUCGGGAUCCAAACCAUAAGAACAGAAAUUUAAUUCAUGAUGCCUGGAAGAGAAUUGAAGAGAAAAUGUCCAUAAAAUGUUCAAUAGCAGAAUUGAAGAAAAAGAAAGAGACAUUGAUGGGAACCUUGCGGAAACUGUUACAGAAAGUGAAAGCAUCAUCAAAAACGGGUAGUGGCACCGAUGAAGUGUUCAAACCAGAGUGGUUCGCCUUCGACUUCAUGCACCGCUUUUUGCAAGGAGUUUAUUUACCCAUACAAACGAAAGAUUCAGAGAUGUCACAAGAUGAAGGACGUACAGAAGACAACGACAAUACUGACGGAAAAGAGUCAGAAGAAGUGACUGUCACUGAAGAAAUUGCAAAUGGAAGCCAGUUGCAACCUCCAAAAGCGAAGAGCGCAAAAAGAAAAAUUCACCUGCUACCAGAUAUUGACAAAAGGAUGGACGAAGCUUAUAAGGUCUUCAAAAAUGUUACAGACACGCAGAUGUCCCCUCCAGAUCAGUGUUCCUUGUACGGAGACCUACUUGCUACAAAACUGAGAGCCCUUGAUGCAGAUACUAGAGAAAUGGCAAUGAUUGAGAUUGACUUAUUAGUUUAUCGUUUAAAGCACAGACACACUGAAACUUAUCAACAGCAUUUUGGCCACGUGCAUCUUCAAAACGUUCCAAUUCAGUCAACAGCUCCUUUUCCUCACAACUCCAGUCACUAUCAGCAAGUUAAUUUUGAACCGGUUUUUCAACCCACGUUAAGCAGACCUUUGUCAUCCGCUUCAUCACAACACUCAAUACGUUCAAACAAUUUUUCUUUCACCACAACAUCACCUUCCUCUUCAUCUCUUGCGCCAACAUCCCAACAAGUUCAGACAACCGUAUUGCCAUUUUCGUCCCCAUCUGCUGUGAAUUACUUAGAACACUCAACAACUACAUUACCCUCGACAUCUGCUGCAACAAGACAAAGCUUCUCUAACUACUUUAGUGCUGAAGUUGAUAGUCCUGGAGACUCGAAUGCCGACACUUAUGAAGACUACUGA